AUGGCCAGCAACCGGCAGAGAUCCCUGGGGGCAGCGUGACCGCCCCGCAUCAGAGAACCUUUCCUGAAGAUGGUCCACGCCCACGAGACCCUCCCGACGCCCCACACGUGGGCUCAACGCGAGUUCGUCCUCCCCAGGGAGUCCUCAGAGCUGCCCGGCCUCACCCGGCAAACCUACCACCAGCUGGCCCUGAAGCUGCCACCCUGCGUGGAAAUGAAGGCCAAGGUGCGUCAUCGACUGGCCUGCCCCUGGAAGGAUGCGGCCCAGCACACCUGGGGCUUCCACACGUGGCUGCAUGUGGGACGUCUGCCGGCCACCUUCCCUGCCAGGCCUGACAGGCCCUAUGACAGCAAUGUCUGGCACUGGUUGACGGAUUCCAGGGCCCACCCACCCCCGGCAGAGCCCCCGGUGCCCCCUCCGUCCUGGAUGGGUCAAAACAGCUUUCUGAUCUUCAUCUCCUGUGCUCCUCUCUUUCUGGACGCACAGAGGAGGCACCAGGUGAUUCUCAGGACAGUGAAGGAGCUGAGAGAGGUGGGGAAGCUCACGCUGAGGAGUGAGGUCAGGGCACCCCUGCUCGAUGCCAACGGCAAUGCCCUGCCCCCGAAGAACUUCAAGAAGUAA